GAUGACGCAAAAGAAUCAGAUAGUGAUGAUGGUGUUGAAGAUAUAGACGCUGGAAAAGACGAAAAUGGAAAUACACAUUCAAUAACGUCUUCAGGAAAAUUUGGAAAAUCUCGUCGAGCCAGAACAGCUUUUACUUACGAACAACUAGUAGCGUUAGAGAAUAAGUUCAAAACAACGCGAUAUUUGUCAGUUUGUGAGAGACUUAAUUUAGCUCUAUCGUUAAGUUUAACGGAAUCACAAGUAAAAAUCUGGUUUCAAAACAGAAGAACAAAGUGGAAGAAACAGAAUCCUGGUUUAGAUGUGAAUAGCCCAACAGUUCCC